GAGCGCGGAGUGACCACUCCACGCUGUUGCAACCACGGCGGCCGAUACAAGCCUGAGCGGGGAAGGAGCGACAUGUACUGGGACACUUUGAUCAAAGCUACAGACGGAAGCGCGGACUCCAAAGUAAAGAUGGAGGUUUGCCAGAGCGGAUACUACACAGAAGACUUCAGGACGCAGGAAGUGCCAGCUGGCUUCGACUUUGCAUCUUAUGACUGCCCUGGUGAAGACCUGUCUUUUCUGUUAGACAGUAAAGUGCCCGGACAGCAGCAGCAGCAGUAUGUGGCAGACAGCAGCUACCCAAAGGCUUCCCAUCCUUAUGAAACUAAAGCGAGUGAUGCUGCCCUCUUCAGCCUGGAUGCAUACCAGGAGUUCAGCUGGUGGGCAUCGUAUCCACAAGAUGGGCUGACAGUGGACCAGUCCCAAACUGGGUACCAGGAGCCUCCGCAGACGUACCCGAGCUUGGCGCCCCAGACCGGACAGUUCAGCCCAGCCGUGGAAGGCAGCCACAGCCCCUUCCUCACUGGAACGGGAUCAAACACAGUACAAAGUGAAGCAGAUCAGAGCUACUUUGACUCUGAAGCUCAGAGGCAGUCCUCGUCCUAUUGGCCCGAAUACCCGUCCCCCAGCUUCACUGCCCCUCCAUCACACCUUUCUCUGUCCUCAUGCCCCUCAAACUCCGGCCUUCAGUCGUCAGAACAGUACUGUCCCCGUGUGGUCAAACGAAAAAGCACCCCUACCCAGAGGCUGGACAGAGAGGGGCAGAUAACGGGAAUGUCGGCUUAUCCUGGUUCUGGUCCAAUCCAGCUGUGGCAGUUUUUACUGGAGCUUCUGCUGGACUCUGCCUGCCGCACCUUCAUCUCCUGGACAGGAGAUGGAUGGGAGUUCAAGAUGUCUGACCCCACAGAGGUGGCCAAGCGCUGGGGUCAGUGCAAGAAUAAGCCAAAGAUGAACUAUGAGAAGCUGAGCCGUGGCCUCCGUUACUACUACCACAAAAACAUCAUCCAUAAGACGGCAGGCAAGCGCUACGUGUACCGCUUUGUCUGCGACAUGCAGGGCAUGCUGGGAAAGACGGCACAGGAGGUCCUGAGCAGUAUGAACGUGCUACCCACAAACACAGAGUCCUGGCAGUGCUCGGGGGUACCGACGGCAGCGGCAGCUUCUGAUCACAGCAGAGAAACGUGGGCGUCACAGUAGGGGGCGGAGCCUCAGUGCCCCCAGCUGGGAGUGACCUGAACAUUUGAACCGAGUACCUCCGGAAAAGGCUGAACUUGUAGGCAGUUUACAGAGGCUGCAUUUCAAGGAAUAAUAAUUAAAAGUGUAUACAUCCAUCGCGCAGCCACUCCUUAAGGACACUGUGUCACUUCUUAAAUGAUAUUUGAUACUAAGUGUUUCUAACCUCAGGUUGGUGUACCUGCAGCACAGAGAGCGGCUGAUGCUUUUUGUGUCCGGGUCGUUCAUUCAUGUGUGGACGGAUUUGUAAAUAGUGUUUAAAUGAACCCAAUGCAGAGUUUUGUGCAUUUAUAUUAUAUUUUUUUAAAUACAAAACUCGUGUCUACCUCUGUUGCUACUCUGAAUAACAAACUGGUGGUUUUCAUGCAUCACUGUGAAGCUUUCAGUGAUGCGUGAGCAUCAUGUGUAAAUAAACUGUAUAUAAACAU